AUGGGUUCUAAGGGUUCAAAAAAGGUCAAAAUCAAUGACCAAAAGGUUAAGGAUGAAGAAGUAAAACAUGCGGAGGUUACUGAAGAAGAGAAGCAGCCGGAAAUUCCUAAACCAACUAAGAAUGUGCAAUUUCGUAUCAUGGUAGGGUCUUACGAACACAACUUAUUGUGUUUAUCUGUCCUUUUUAAUAAAUCUCAGCCGGUCUUUCAACCAGUAUUUCAUUUUCAAGCACAUUCGCUCUCGAUUAAAUCAAUUGAUUUAGCAAAGAGGUAUUUGGUAACUGGAUCAAAUGAUGAGCAUAUCAGAAUAUACGAUUUACAAAAGAGAAAAGAAUUAGGUACCUUGUUGAGUCACCAGGGGACUGUGACCACGUUAAAGUUCUCCAACGAAGGUAUUUCAGACGAAUCACAGAAACACGAGUCAACUGAUAAGUCUGGUAAAUGGCUCUUGUCUGGGUCUGAAGACGGAAAAAUUAUAAUAUGGAGAACUAAAGACUGGGAGACUUUCAGUACUUUAAAAGGUCAUCAGGGUCGUGUUAAUGAUUUGGCUAUUCAUCCAUCAGGCCGUGUUGCUAUUUCGGUCUCACAAGAUCAAACUAUCAGGUUAUGGAAUUUAAUGACUGCUAAAAAAGCAGCCGUUUUGAAAAUCAAGGGUAGAGAUCAUUUGGGACAAUGUGGUGAAUACGUAAGGUGGUCACAGGAUGGUAAAUACUUCAUGGUAGGUUUAUUAAACCAAUUAUUAGUCUACGAAACUGCGAAUGCUAAAAUCAUUAAAAAGAUCAAGUUCGAUUCGACUUUGAUGUGUAUGGAAGACUUGUCUAUAGAAGGAAAGGAAUGGUUUGUUACAGGUCAUAGUAACGGAUGCAUUGACUUCUUUGAUUUCAAUGAGCAAUUGACUACACAAAGAGAACCAGAAGCUGACGAAAAAAAGAUCUGGGAAGCCAAACCUGAAAGCAUUUCACCAGUUUUUACAUUAAGAGGUCAUACUAAUCGUAUUAAGGAUUUAUCAUUGAUCCAUCAUCCAGUUGAAACAAAUGAUAUUCCGUAUUUAGUAUCAGUCUCGUCCGAUGGUAAGAUUGUUAUAUGGGACGUAUCAGAAUCUGUUAGAGAUCAAGUGGCUAUUUAUGAUAGUGGUGAAAGAUUAAACUGUGUGGUAACAUGUCCUGAGACUGUUGAAAAAUCCUCGACUAUGAAAAGACGUUACAAUGAGAUUCCAGAAAAAGACGAUGCGGAAUCAGAGUACGAAACAGACGGUGAAGAAAUCAAGAAGGUCAUGUUGAAGGGUAAGAAGAAGGGAAAGAAAAAUAAGAAGACAAAGGUCAGUGUUACCUUAGAGUAG